UUGAAGUUAAUUUACUGAUAACGUUGUGCGUCUACUGAUAAACUACUGUAUUAAAUAUAUUAGCUAAUUUUGUGGAUUUUUACAACAUAUGUUGUAUGCGGUACUUCAGGAAGUCUAAUACUUCUCUCAUAUAUACCUUUACACUUCCGCAUUCGUCACUAUUGCUCUAUUUACUAAACCAAAAUGCACGGAAGGGUCAAGACUCGAACAACAGAAGAACAGAGAGAACUUCAGCGCAUCGAGAAACAAAAGAAGGUGAAACUAUAUCUGGAGGGUAUGAACAAAGCUUUUGAAAAGCGCAACAAAAAAGAACUCGAUGACGAAGCUUUAGCUAUUUGUGAAAAUCUGCUAGUUCACAACCCUGAUAUUUUAACUCUUUGGAACUUUCGCAAGGAAAUACUUUUGGAAUUCAAAAAUUCUGCGUGCACAAAUCCAGAGAUUGACCUUGAAAAGUUAGUAUCAAAAGAAUUGUACUUGACAGAGGUAUGCUUGAAAGUGAACCCUAAAUCAUAUUGUGCGUGGCACCAGCGCUGUUGGACUCUGGACAACAUUGCACCAAAACCUGAUUGGGAUCGAGAACUUUUAGUCUGCACCAAAUAUUUAGAGCUCGAUGAAAGAAACUUUCACACUUGGGACUAUAGAAAAUUUGUUGUGGGUAGAGCAGGAGUCUCUGCAAAAUCUGAAUUGGAGUACACCACAAGUAAAAUUAAUAGAAAUUUCUCCAACUAUUCUUCAUGGCACUAUCGGAGCCAGUAUCUUCCAUUAGUUCACCCAGAUGCCACCGGGGAAAGGCCAAUUGACAGAGACAUACACAUCAAAGAACUCACCCUGGUAGAAAGUGCAGCUUUUACAGAUCCAAAUGAUCAGAGCGGCUGGUUCUAUCAGCGUUGGCUCUUGGAUCUUCAGCAACAGUUGCCCCUUGUUCUAACGCAAGCUUGUAUAAGUGAAAAUUUCACUUGGGUUGCUUUCAACAAACCGGUUUGUCCUAAUGAUACGGCUUUGAGUAUAACAGGCUUGGGUGAUGGGAAAUGGAAGACAUGCAACGGUGAGACUGCAUCUCAUGUGUGGAUAAAAGAUACGCAGGAUCAGUCACUUAUUAGCUACGAGCAAUCAAAAUUAUCAUUGUUUGUGAAUGGUGAACUGAAAAGUGAUUUAGAGCUGAAACUUGUCACUGAGUCUAACGAUCAACAAAAAAUGAUCGGGUUCCGCAAACCUAGUUUCAUUAACAAUCUCAAUUCGGCAUUAGUCGAUUUCUACUCCUCUCUUCUGGAAUCGGUUAUCAGUUUAUUGGAACUUGAACCAGACUGUAAAUGGCCUCUAUUGUCUUUUGUGACGAUAGCUCGACAUUUGAGGUUUGAAUCAUCACGGGCAGAGAUUUAUGAAAAAUUAGAAUUACUCAAAAAGUGUGACCCAACUCGGAAAAAUUACUAUGAUGAUUUAAGGAGCAAGUUUCUGAUUGAAGAUAAACUAUCGGAGUUGGAAGAUUUCACUGGAGUAUUCGAUGUAUCUUGCAUGGAACUGACUGCCCUUUACCACACUCAGUAUUUAUCAUUGUUUCGGGAAGUUAAUCUAAGUAAAAACAAAUUAGGAAAAAUUAAAAGGCGAUGUCUUGGAAAUCUAUGCAAUCUUCAAGCCUGUGAGGUUUUAAAUAUUAGUGAUAACAACCUUGAAGUUACCAAAGUUCCGAAGCUUCCAAAUCUAGUGACAUUGGUUGAUGGCAAGUGUCUUGCGGGACAGAAGGUUUGAAUCAGCCCAGUGUGUUCAGAUAAUAUUAUGGACAUCUAUAUUACUAUUCGACCUUCAUUACUUUGGGUGACCACAAGCAGCAUUUUCCGCAGCCGCUACUAAUUUGAAACAGUUUUCCUGAUUGGAAAAGAAAAUGCCUUAACCUGCAUUAGUAAUUUUUUCUUUCUAGCUUUGUUCAAGAUUAUACAAGUUUGCAGGAAAAAUAAGAUAAUAAAAAAUAAUAAUGAUUUUAAAAAAAAUUAACUGUGAUAUUUAGGAAGUAUUUAAUGUAAGUUAAAAAUUGUAUAACUGUUAUCAACAGUCAAGUAAAAGUUUAGGAAGUAUUUAUCUUGUUGCUGAGACUUUCUAUAAGUGUCAAUUGGUGAUAAGUAUAAUAAUCAUAGCUUAAGUAGAAGUGAUAUAUUUUGAAGUAGGGUUUUAGAAUCCUUACCGGUCCUACUUACUACAAAAUAUCGUUACAUUCUAAUAUGGGCACUAUUGUCAGAAACGAGCGGCUUUAACAGAGCUCUGUACGAGUUCGGAGUUGAAUCAUUAUUGCCUGGUGUCUCUCUGCCCAUUGGGUCGCUAGUCUGUAAAACUGAUGUACAUGACAACAGCCCAUUUUCUCUGAUUCUGCAGACUCUGAUAGCUAUCAUUCAGGGUCCUCCUAUCGUUUCUCCUUAAAACAGAACUUUAUCAAUAGCUCACCAGAAACUAUAAUGAUACCUUCAUAUACCAUACUUUAGACUAUAAGAGCUUUUCUUUAGGAUGAUAAAAUUCUAUCUAACCACGCAGGGCCAUAGAUAAUACCACUGGCCACUGGACAAUUUAACUCCUAUUUCAAUUAUUGGUGAAAAGGAUGAACAAAUAACAAUUUAGAGCCGCACGAAGAAUAUAACUUCCAGGAUUAGACAUUUGUUUUCAUGUACGUAUUUCUGUUAAUUCUCUGAGGACACUUUUUUAUGGAUACAUGUGUCUCUAGAGAACAAUGAAUGCAGAGUGCCUACCAAUCUUAUCCUACGCCCAUUGUGUUCUUGCAUUUUUUGAAAACAUCGAAUAAAAGAUAAUUUUUUGGAUAAAA